CGGUCGCCCCGCCGCGGGAACAUCGUCUCAAAAACAAGAGAGAACAUUUUUGCCCUAUUUCUUUCUCUCCUUUAUUAUCCCUCCUCUUUGAUUCUCCUUCUUCUCUCAGUUUCGAGGCCUAUUCCUCCUUUACCGUGUUUUCCGUCCGAAAAUCAGGACAUCUUUGUGGUUCGUGAGAGAGAGAAAGCUCAAGAAAGGUGUUCUUGCUUUAUAAGUGUUUAAGCAGCAUCAGUUAACACGAUGACGGAGGUGAAGUUGGGCCAGAGAGAGGGGGGACCAGCCACCAAGAGAGUAAAAGCUGGAGGUCGGGGUAUUCCACAGAGAAAAAUAGAGUACAAGCAAGAUGUAGGAUAUCGCUUCGAUGAGCCAGCUGUGAAGGAGAGCCAAGAAGAGGUCGAGUUCUACCCGGUCCAUUUCCUGCGCACACAUUCCAAAAACAACGACCCUGCUGAUGUGCAGACACAGAUCUGGCAGUGUCUUUUUGAGCCCAAUGUGGAGCAGCCGCAGCAUAUGACUGAUGUGGUGGCUACGUGUGGGGGGUCAUCUGUCUGCUUCAUUAAUGUGGACGACGGAGAAGUGAUACUCAAAUAUAAUCGCAAUGCAAAGACAGCCUCGGGAGUAGAAAACCUUUACGCUCUUACUUGGUCGACGCUUUCCCUGGAUGAGUUUGGGCUGAAGAGGAUGAACAUCUUGGCAGCGGCAGGUGCUCGCUCCACAGUUCUACUCAUUCACCCUGAUGCCGGCGUCUGUUACCAAAUGUUCCGCACAGUUCCGAACAAGGCAGCGGCAGUUGUGUGCUCCCUCUUGUUCUAUCCCAAAAAAGCGACUUGGUUGUUUUGUGGCCACGAAGAUGGGCAGAUUCAGCUUUGGGACGUAGGCAUUCCAAGUCUUCCAAACUAUGAAACGACUCCAGUGCACUUGAUGACCAUCCCUCCUGUGGCCCGUGACGUUUACAACUUGGCUUAUUCACAUUCGCAAGACCUCCUGAUCGGGGGCUGCGAUGGGGGUCUGCAUGCUUGGAAGAUUGAUAUGCAAAAAAUUGAAAAUAAUGAAAGACUGGAACGUACAGAGUUUAUUCUGCCAGAGGUGGAUGGGAACGGUUCUGUCCUCGACUCAGUGUGUAUGGUGCGAGACGACCUCUUAGCUGCCAAGUGUGCUCUCCACGGCCAAAUAUACAUCUUCUCCCUGGCUGAGACCUUGAAGCUGAGGACAGAAAGCAAGGCUGCAAAUGUCUUCGAAACUGUUGUAUCAAGUGACAUGAUGCUGAAGUUGCGGUGGAGUGACACAGAUAACUACUACAUGAAUAUGGGUGUUGACACAGUGUCAUGCAUCCUGGUAUGCGGUGAUGACAAGGGCACACUCUGGGUAUACGACCUGGUGAAGUAUGUCACGGGUACUAUCAGUAGCCCCAUUACGGGAGGGUCUCCAGUCGCACCAGUCGAACCAGUUGCCCUUCUCGACUGGCCAGAACUAGAGGACGCAGAGGUGGAGAAAGCCAGAAAGCUACGUCUGGACACUUAUGACAUUGUUGUAGAUAAGUGUGCUGUUUCCCCAAAUGGCCGACACAUUGUGGCCGUCACCUCAAACAACAUGGUCUGCAUUUGGAAGAGAGGGAAAGAAGAUGAAAAUGAGCAGUCACCAUCAUAGUAAUACAAGACAAAGUUGUGUUUGUGGAGAUAGUUCAUAAGGUAGAGGCUAAGUAUUUUAUGGUUUUGACAUUAAAAAGAUAUUAAUUCUGUUGAAGUGAAAUGUGUAGAAUAAAAUUUGACUGUGGAGGAUUAUCUUCUUUUCACAUAGCUGUGAUAGCUAGUGCUUAUCUAGUAUGACAAUUUUCGUUAAUGUAACUUUGAGAAAAAAAGAUGUAGCAUGUGUUUGAUCAACAGAUUUUAAUCUGUUACAAAGGAUAGUCAUAUUUGCUUCAAAUGGAAGCCAAUUGUUUUUAGAAAUAGUUUUGGACUUUUCAUUUGCUUUCAGGCCAAAAAAUCUUGUUCAGUUACCAAAGGACAAGUGAGUACUUUUCUCAUUUGCAGUUAGGCAUAAAGAAUGUAUUUCUAAGGAUAAACUGCCAAUGUGUUUGUUCUGCGUAGAUUCAUUUGUUAUUUUCUGAAUAUUCAAUCCUCUUUGUGAUUACCUUUCCUUUAAUUUUUCUUUAGGGAGGUGUACUCCUCCCAUCUUUUGGUUCAUGAUCAGUAUUUUGUUAUCUAUUUUCCUACCAGCAGAAAGUAUUUGUAGUACCAUGUUUUUCCAUGUUUGUACGUAAUGAAAGAAGGUCAAGCAAGUUUAAUUCUUGAAUACCCA